AUGGCGUUGUCUAUGGCAUCUCCGUGUGGAGUCCUGUCUAAUGAGGAAGAUGGCAUUGCUGUGUUUGAAUCCACGGCAGCUGACAUCGGAGGCCGACUGAACGGAGUCACUCUGCCUGAGAUCUCCAUCAUCUCCCCGGGGCUAGAACAUCGGCCAUCCAUAAGAGAGGUGAGAGGCCUUAACUCUGAAGUAAUAACACUGCACUCAAAAUAUAUCUAAGGUUCCUUUAUUACAGGCCUACCUGUACAUCAGUGAAAGUAACACUACAUUGUGGUGACUGCUUGUUUCUGGUGACUGCUUUUGUCACUGAAUCUUCUGCUACAGUUGAUACAGCUGUUAAUAUGUUUGUGAAGUUGGACAGUAUUUGUGAGUGUUUGAGUUUUCCCAGACUGUGACCCUUUCUUUGCAAAAGGCUUUAGGGUAGAUGCUAGACAGUUAUUUAUUAGGUGUGAUGCCCUCCAGUGAUUUGUCACAUAGCAAUGAGAUAGCCCAUCUUUUCACAAUAAGAGCUUUAUAACACACAAACACUAAUCCUUUAUCCUCUGGUCAGAAGUUACACAAACUAUUUGCUUAGUGACCAUUCUCUCUGAAAUGCUCAGAGCCAUACUGACCCUCUGCCUGACCUAUCAAUCCUAUAUGUAAUUUUUGCUUGUCAUUUGUUCAUUCAUAAACAUUUUUGCACCUCAAACACAUAUUUCCAUUGAUACUUUCAAAGUGUGUCGCUCAUUUACACAAAGGGGAUCAGUGAUAGGUCUAUAGUAUGAAAAUGUUCAACAAUACAUACGACCCAAUUGUUCAUCACAGAAGUUCAGUACUGUCACAAAUAUCUGUCCAAUAUUUAGAAAGCGUCGGUGAAGCCUGGAGUGGCCAGACAAGGCAACGGUGAUGAGGGGAGCACUGACAAAGUGAGGGUGUUUCUGCGUAUCCGCCCUCUGACUGAGGGAGAAAAGGAAAGGGGAGAGGAAGAGGUAAGAUCUGCCCUUCAUCAUUACAUAUUGUUCUAUUGUCAUUAUGACAUUCUCCAAGUCAAGACGUGUCAUUUUCCUUCAUCUCAUUUCAGGGCUGUGUGUGUGUGCUAAACGAAGAGAGCCUGAUGCUCAAAGCCCCCAAAGACUCCCAGAACAUGAAGAGUGCAGAGAGGGGAGUGGCCCAGAGCAUGCACAAGUUCAGCUUCUCACAGGUAACAGAUUCACGUUCAUAAACGCCCUGAGCGAUGAAAGACUUUUACUAUGACACACAUAAUGCGUUGUAAUAUACACGUUCACAAUGCUCACUGACGUCUUUUCAUAUGCACCUCUGCAGAUCUUUGGUCCGGAGACCACCCAACAGGACUUCUUUGAGAGCACCAUGAAGGAGAUGGUGAGAGACGUUCUUCGUGGAGAGAGCCGUCUCCUCUACACAUACGGCGUCACCAACUCUGGCAAGACCUACACUGUUCAGGGUGAGAUUGGAUUGUUGAUGUACCACAGAAAGGCAAACGUUUUUUACUGCAGUGUGCUUAUCUGUUUGGUAAGUAUAUGACCAUAUUAACAGUGGAGAUAUCACAGAGCACUGACGUGACCUUUCCCCUGUAGGAGUGGGUCGAGAGGCGGGUCUCCUGCCCAGAGCCCUGGUGUUUGUGUUCAGGAAACUGCAGGGCCGCCUCUACAGGGCCAUGGACCUCAAGCCUGUCCUCUACCAAGAGGUACGCAAGCUGAACGUCGGUGAGGUCCGGGCCGAGGAGAUCCGCAGAGACUCUCUGCUCAAAGAGGUGAGGGAGGGAGACUGGGAGCACAGGUCAGAAAUUGAAGUGUGAAAGUAUUAGAUGAGCGUUCUUUUACGGUCAGGUUGCUGUAAGUCACGUGAUGACACGUGCACUACUCCCUGUGUCUAUCACAGGAGGAUGGCAUGACUUCUCGGAUGCGUGACGGCACCAGUACCUGGGACAGCGGCAUCGGUGGACUCUCUAUAACCAGCCACAUCGCCACCCAGCUAGAGGGUAAUGUUCUGAAUGUAACAUAACUUGGCUUUCUGGCGCCCGGUGGGCCCUGAAGCGAAGUCUAGAGUUAGGCCUAUAAAACAUGUACACAGCAUUACAAAGCUGCUUAUUAUAUAGGCAUUGGGAAUAUGUAGUGUUUUCCUUUUGUAUAAUCCUGGAGGUUGCGUGGCCAUUGCUCUACAUGCCCUUGUCUCUCGCUCCCAGCAGACUCUGACAGUGUGUGUCUGGAGCCCGACAGCCUGUCCCACAGUGGAGGGGAGGAGCUGGAGGAGGGGGUGCAGUUCUCUGUGUGGGUGGCCUUCUACGAGAUCUACAACGAAUUCCUGUACGACCUGCUGGAUGCUCCGCCCUCCCUGCAGCCCAAGAAGAGGGCCACUCUGCGGCUGAGUGAUGACAAGCAGGGGAACCCCUACGUGAAAGGUAACACACACACAUUCAUAUUCACAAAGAGAACGGUCUCUAAUCGUUAUUAUGCGGAUCAUAUUGGAGAGCUUUUUGUUAUAGUUUGUUCACAUUACUGACAGUUUUGCUGCUGUUUGUGUUGUGCAGACCUCACCUGGGUACAGGUCUGCAGUGCAGAGGAGGCUUGGAAAGUGCUCAGGGCUGGCCGGAGGAACCAGAGCUUUGCCAGCACUCAUCUCAACCACAACUCCAGCCGCAGCCACAGCAUCUUCUCCAUCCGGAUCCUGCACGUCCACCCAGAGGCAGACCAGGGCCAGGCCACACACAUCAGCGAGUACGUCCCAUCCAGGGCUCUCAUUCUCUGGCCCACUGUCUUAUCCUGAGUGUCCGUGACCUGGCAUUAGUAAUAGUGAUUCUCUCCCACUAGGUUGUCUGUCUGUGAUCUGGCUGGCUCAGAGCGUUGCAAGGACCAGCGCAACGGGGAGCGGAUGAAGGAGGCUAACAAUAUCAACACCUCCCUCCACACCCUGGGCCGCUGUAUCGCUGCUAUGAGGCACAACCAGAGCAAGAAGUAGGCUACACUCACACUAUGCCAAAACAGGAAUUCAUAAAAUACAUGAAAUGAAAUGUGCUGUUCUGAUGAACCCAUUCUCCUGUCCCUACAGGUCACGAGCCCCUCAGGUGGUGCCGUUCAGAGACUGUAAACUGACCCGAGUGCUGCAGGGCUUCUUCUGCGGCCGCGGGCGCUCCAGUAUGGUGGUCAACAUCAACCCCUGUGCUUCGACCUACGACGAGAUCCUGCAGGCCCUCAAGUUCUCUGCCAUCGCCACACAGGUACAAACCCAUCUCACCUUAACUUUGCAGUUACACAGCCCUAGCUUCAGAGAGAGCUGGUCAGUGGGUGUAGUUGUGAUGUUUGCAGGGGUCGUGUUAAUGUAGGAUUUAGCGCGCAUAAAAGGAAAGAAAAUACAGAAAAAAAAUAUCUUGCUACCUUUUGUUAAACGCAGAUCUAAUAUGCUUCUUAUUGUACUAUCUGCUCGGCUUCAGUCAGGGGUCGCUCCAAAUCAUGAAUGUAGAAGGACUAAUUUCAUGCUUCAGUUGCACCUCUCCACUCUGAUAAAAUAUAUUUGUUCUUGUCAUUGAAUUACCAGACAGGGCUCUGACUGAUGUGUAGGCUACUUUUCUCCGAUACCUCCCUCCGGUGUAGUUUUUCUCCAGUAGCAAGUUAAAAUGCUAGAUUAAUUUCAAGCAAACAUUUAGAAAUGUUGCUAGCUACAUUCUUACUAUGAUAAGCAUUAGAAAUAUGAUGGCCAUGCAUCAUUUUUGCAAAAAAUACCAUGCCUUUUUCAGUCUAAUCUAAUUUACUUGUGUGGCUGCUAGUCAAAUAGCAUUGCACUUCUUUCAUCUGAUAAACUAUUUUCUGCCAAAUGUGUUGCACUAAUGUAUUUUGUGUGAAGAGAAACUAUAGUUGCACACCCCUCAUCUCUCUCAAAGAAAAAAAGAAACUUAUUUAGAUAUAGAACGCAAGUGAAAUGGUUUAAAACACCGAUUGUUUUGAUGGUCUGCAUUUUGAAAAUGCAGAUUUCUGAAAGCUAUUGUGCCCCCUGCGUGGGUGUUGUCUGUCUCCUCUCUCAGCUGGUCCAUGGGCCGUCCACUAAGACCCGGGUGGCCUACAUUCUGGCCCUGCUGCGGGAGCCCCAGCCUCACUCCAAUGACAGCACUCUGAUGGAGGAAGACGAUGACAGUGAUGGUGAAGAGGGGGACAUCACCAUGUUCGAUUCAGAUGUAUGUGCCCCCCCCCCCCCGUCCCGUCCCGUGAAGAUAGUCAACUGGUUUGCAUGUGAAGACCUGUAACUAAACUGUCAUUAAACCAGUGUGCAUGCCUGAGUCAUGUCUGUGCUGUGUUCAGGCUCUGCUGCGGGCCAUCGAGGUGCUGAAGAGGGAGGUGCAGCGGCAGCGGGAGGAGAAGGAGGUGCUGGAGGCCACCAUCAGGGAGCAGGUGUUCUCUGAGAUGAUGGAGGUGAUCUCUGGUAUGGAGAAUGACUUCAGCCAGACCCUGGAGACAGAGAGGGCUCUGUUGGAGGAGAGGUUUGAGGACAAGAUCAACAACCUGCAGAAAAGCCUCAAGAGAUACUACAACCAGGAAAUAGAGGUGAGCGGGAUAGGACAGUCUUUAGAUGAGUUAUCAGCUAUUUCAGUUGGUUUAAAAUAGUGGAGUUCUCAUGCUACAGAAGGUUGAUUAUUUUCCAUCUUCCCACCCAUCCUAGGUGCGUGAUGAACAGGUAGUGGCUCUGACUGCUGCCUUGGAGAAGGGAGGGGUAGCCCUAGCAGAGCCAGCCCCCCUUCCCCUCUUCACACCCCUGGCCCUGGGAGAGUCGGAGGGGCCCAACCCCCGUCGCUCCCAGCGCCUGGCCUCCACAACCACAGGAGAGCUGAGCAGAGUGAGGGCUGAGCUGGACCAGUGUCGCGCCGAGCUGCUGCAGAAAAAACAAGGUUAGGAGGGAGGGACAGGACGAUUGGGAGUGUGGGAACAAGAGGGUUGAUUGGAGCAUGACCUGGGUCUUUCUAACUAGAACUCUCUUUUCUCUCCCAGAGCUAAGGUGUAUCCAGGGGCAGCUCACACCACCAGAGCCCUCAGACGCCCUGACCAACACUGCCAACCGCAAGCUGGUGGAGGGCCAGAGGGUCAGUACUCCAGCCAGGGGCCUAGUCUCCCCUCACACAUUGCCCCAGACACUCUGUAUUAAACACUAUAACCAGGUUUGGUUGCUGGGGGUUUGAACAUGUUUGUGCCUCUCCUGCAGAACAUGCGUCAGUUGCGUCUGGACCUGCAGAAGCUGGGUUUGAACUUGCAGUCUGGAGAGAGGGCAUGCUGCCGCAACACGGGCGGGGAGAGGCUGCGCCAUGCGCUCGCAGCUGCAGACGGCACACUGGCCAAACAGGUACAUGUCUAUUCAAGUAUAUAAUUCUCCCUCAAGCCAGGGUGGGACUUUGUUGCUAGGCAGCGAGGUAGAGAGCUAGGGUUGGGCUGCUGCUAGUUUGUGUCUUUGCAUCGGAAGUUUUUGUUACUCUGAAAGGGCACUUAUUCAACUGGAAAUCCAGGUGGGAGAUGGCAUUAGUUUCCCCUACCAUUUGAUUCCCCACAGUGUGAAGAUAUGUUUAAAUCUGUAGACACUUCUCUAGACCAAAACCUUUUCAUUGUUUCUCCCUCUCCCUUCUUCCUACCUGUUACUCAAACCACUGUCAGGUUUAAGACUAAACUAAAGGGGACUAACACAACUGCACCAGGUAUCAUUUCUUCCUUCCACUAUCCCUCCUUUCACUCACCCUCACCCCAUCCUCUCUAACCCUGUCCACUCCUGUCCGUCUCCUCCUGGCCCUCCCUCAGGACCAGACCCUGGUGGAGCUGCAGAAUGACCUGCUGCUGGUCAAGGCUGACCUGAGGAGGAAGGCGGAGUGCCUGGCCCAGAUGCAGCAGAUGCCCCCCUCUGCUACGCCCGGCUCCUGUAAGAAGAGGGGAUGUGGGGCAGGGGCAGCAGCAGGCAACACUGAGAACCAGCCCCCAGAGAAACGACCCUUCUUCCACUCAUUUUUCCCACAACGCACCCCGUCACGAAACAACCAACAGGGACGCCCCCGUGAGGAUCAAACCAUACACUACUCACGGAUCCUGCGCUCCCGUCUGACUCCUCCCCCAGGUCCCUGCCCCUCUGGAAGGUACAGGGUCACAAAGUGCUGA